AUGUGGAAUGUUUGGCAUGAAAGGCUUAGUCUAGCCUUUGGGACUUGUGGUAGGAUUCAUAAGAAUCUUUUAAUGGAUCCGAACAACCCAAAUGUCCGUCAACAAUUUUCUGGUUUUAGUAAUGAUUUCGAAACUAAUCCCGAGUUUCAAUUCAACACCCAAUUCGAUGACAGUCAAGAGGAAAGCGUACCAGAGACGCCGCAAUAUCCUCCACUAGUUCCCAGAAUGCAAUCCAACCAGGUUGCUGCACGAGCGACUCGUGUUUGGUCUAUUGCGGAAGAUGAAGCUCUGAUUGGGUUGUACUUGCAGAUUAGCGAAGAUGCUAUUAAAGGUACGAACCGGAAAGCAACUGACCUAUGGCGCAAUGUACACGCAGCUCAAAUGGCUCAUGCGGAGAAGCCGCAUAUACUUCCGCCAAGACCUAUGAAGAGUCUAUCGUCGCACUGGAGAAGGUUGGCAGCAGACACACUACAAUGGAUAUCUUGCUAUGAUGAAGUGGUUUUCCUCACCAAUAAAGAUCCAAAGUGGAGGCCAAAGCUGAGAUGGUCCUUGUCAAAGGAGGAAAGAAAAGCUGCUUGUGAUGUUGAGGAGCAAGGUAGUCCUGGAAGUGGGAAAAGGUCGAGAGAUGAUGUAGGGGAUGAAACCCCUACGGAUGGUUUUUCAUCUGGAGGAAUACGACGACCCGAUGGUGUUAAGAAAGCAAAGGCCAAGCGUAAAGGGAAAGCAGUGGCUACAGAAAGUGGUUCGUCUGACCUUGGCGAACGAAUGAAGGAAUUCGCUACAAUUCGCGAAAGGGAGGCCAAUCUAAAGGAAUAG